AUGACGAACGAGUUGUGUUCAACUGUACGAAUCCGCGUACUAGAUUUCCUCAUCCAAUCCGCUCAACAACUUGAAGUUCCUCCCGUUGUCAAGUACUCUGCAUUAUCCCUCUUUGCCGAAAGAUUCUAUCCGAUUGUCUCCAGAAUUGAGCAGGAGAGCACUGGACAUUGGCUUUUACAACCAGUAAGAGAAAGUAAUCUUCAGCUGUUUUCUCUUAUUGCAAUAUGGAUCUCAAGCAAAAUUGAUGAUUCUCGUCCCUUAUCGGUAAAAAAGUUGAAAAAUCUGGCAGACAAAAUAAUACAAGAGCAGCAUUAUACAACUAGAGAUUUUGCAGAAGCUGAAGUGAUCUUCAUGAAGGUCUUGGGUUAUGAGAUUGGUACAUUAGAUAUUGUCUACAGGUUUCUUGAAGACCUACUUAUUCAGUUGAAGGAGGUUGCAACAGUUGGAGAGCAUCUGGAUUUUGAAGUAUGCAUGGACAUUAUGGAUCUUCUUUACGAAAAAGAGGAGACAUCAACUCUUUAUAAUUCUCCUCAUUCUCUUGCUGCAUCAAUCCUGGUUGCCUCGUAUGUGAUCACAGUUCCUAAACAAAGAUGGGAGUUUCCUAUUCUUCCUUGGGGCCAGAAGAUGUCUGAAAGAGGUUUGAAGACUUAG